AUGGCUAACAUGCUCCAAAGCCUGGAAUCUCCCCUCCUGGAAGACACGGUCGAUGGCUCCGUUGAUCAUCAAGGUUAUCCGUCCAAGAGAUCCAUCUCCGGUGGUUGGAGAUCUGCAAUUUUCAUCAUAGGUGUUGAAGUUGCGGAGAGGUUUGCUUACUGUGGCAUAGGAUCCAAUCUUAUAAACUAUCUUACGGGACCUCUGGGGCAGUCCACAGCCAUGGCUGCUGCUAACGUGAAUACAUGGGCCGGGACGGCGACCUUACUACCCCUUUUAGGAGCUUUUGUUGCAGAUUCUUACCUUGGUCGAUAUCGCACCAUUGUUCUUGCUUCUCUUCUCUACAUCCUGGGGCUGAGCUUGUUAACUUUAUCUGCUAUGCUUCCUUCCCUCAUCGCCUUCCAAAGCCAAAACGUGGACUACUUCACAUUAUAUUCUCCUCCUCAGCUCCAGAUAGUAUUGUUCUUUUUCUCUCUAUACUUAGUAGCAGUUGGGCAAGGGGGUCAUAAGCCUUGCACACAGGCUUUUGGAGCUGAUCAGUUUGAUGGACAAAAUCUAGAGGAGUGCAAAGCCAAAAGCUCAUUCUUCAACUGGUGGCUUUUUGGUGUAUCUACUGGUACUUCAGUAACUUAUGUGAUUGUCAGUUACAUUGAAGAAAACUUUAAUUGGGGUCUUGGAUUUGGAAUUCCCUGCAUUGUCAUGGUUGCAGCCCUGCUUGUUUUCUUGCUUGGAACUAGAACUUAUCGGUUUACAAUUAAAAGAAAUGGGAAAAGCCCAUUUGUGAGAAUUGGAAAAGUAUUUGUUGAAGCAGCAAGGAAUUGGAGGACUACCCCAUCAUUGAAAGCUAUUCAAGAGAGAACUCAAGAAAACUUGCCUCACCAUGGUUCUCACAACUUCAAAUUUCUCAACAAGGCAUUGCUUGUUCCAGCUUGUUUGAAGGGAGAUGGAAAGGCGUGUAGCAUUACUGAUGUUGAAGAAGCUAAGGCAGUACUGAGUCUGUUUCCCAUAUGGGCUACUAGCUUGGUGUAUGGUAUUGUGACCGCACAAUCAUCAACCUUCUUUACCAAACAAGGAAUUACUAUGGAUAGAUCCAUUGGGUCUGGUUUUCGCAUACCUGCUGCUUCACUUCUAUCUUUCAUCCCCAUCACAAUUAUUCUCUUCAUUCCCAUAUAUGACUGUAUUUUUGUUCGCAUUGCAAGAGCUUUAACCGGGAAACCGUCUGGCAUAACAAUGCUUCAGAGAAGCGGGAUAGGGUUUCUUCUAUGUGUCGUUUCAAUGGUAACUGCAGCAAUAGUCGAGAUGAAACGGCUCAAGACAGCUAAGGAAUAUGGCCUGGUUGAUAUGCCAAAUGUGACGGUCCCAAUGAGGGUGUGGUGGUUGAUUCCCCAGUACAUCUUGUUGGGAAUUGCUGAUGUUUUCGCAAUGGUUGGUCUUCAAGAAUUUUUCUAUGAUCAGAUUCCAAAUGAAUUAAGGAGUGUUGGUCUCUCCCUCUACCUUAGUAUUUAUGGUGUAGGGAGCUUCCUCAGUGGCUUUCUCAUAUCUAUCAUUGAGGAAACAACUGGUGGGGAUGGCAAAACUAGCUGGUUCAAUAAUAAUCUGAAUCGAGCUCAUAUUGAUAAUUUUUAUUGGCUGCUUGCUGGGCUCAGUGCAGUAGAAUUGGCUGCCUUUUUGUAUUUUGCUAAAUCUUACGUUUAUAAUGACUCUGUUGACGGUACCAUUGACCACAAAGGUUGUCCUGCCAAGAGGUCCAGCUCCGGUGGUUGGAGAUCCGCAUAUUUCAUCAUCGGUGCUGAAGUUUUGGAGAGGUUUGCCUACUAUGGCAUAGGGACCAAUCUUAUAAACUACCUCACUGGACCGCUAGGUCAGUCCACAGCCGUGGCUGCAGCCAAUGUGAAUUCGUGGUUCGGGACUUCGACCAUAGUCACUCUUUUAGGAGCCUUUGUUGCAGACUCUUAUCUUGGCCGAUAUCGCACCAUUGUUAUUGCUUCUCUUCUCUACAUCCUGGGACUCGGCCUGUUAACUCUAUCUGCUGUACUUCCUUUCCAAAGCACUUUCGACUGCCAAAACACGCACCAAAGUACAUCAUGUUCUCCUCCGGAACUCCGAAUAAUCUUCUUUUUUAUCUCCCUAUAUUUAGUAGCAGUAGCUCAAGGUGGGUACAAGCCUUGCACACAGGCAUUAGGAGCCGAUCAGUUUGAUGGACAAAAUCGCGAGGAGAACAAAGCCAAAAGCUCAUUCUUCAACUGGUGGCUUUUUUGUUUAUCGGCUUGUACUUCAGUGAGUUAUGUGAUCUUGAGCUAUAUUCAAGACAACCUUAGUUGGGGUCUUGGAUUUGGAAUACCCUGCACUGUCAUGAUUGCAUCACUGCUUAUUUUCUUACUUGGAACAAAGACUUAUCGUUAUAUUCUUAAAGGCGAUGAGAAAAGCCCGCUUCUGAGAAUAGGUAAAGUGUUUGUCGAAGCAGCUAGGAAUUGGAGAACAAGCCCAUCACUGAAAGCUACUGAAGAGGUAACUCAAGGAACCUUGCCUCACCAAGGUUCUCACCAAUUCAAGUUUCUCAACAAGGCCUUGCCUAUGCAAGAUUAUUUGGAAGAGGGUGGAGAUGCAUGUACUGUAAAAGAUGUUGAAGAAGCAAAGGCAGUACUCAGGCUGUUCCCCAUAUGGUCGACUUGCUUGGUGUAUGGCAUUGUGCAUGCACAGUCAUCAACUUUGUUUACCAAGCAAGGAAAUACAAUGGAUAGAUCAAUUGGUUCUGGGUUUGACAUACCAGCUGCUUCCCUUCAAUCCAUUGUCCCCAUUACCAUUGUUCUCUCCAUUCCCAUAUAUGACUGCAUUUUUGUUCCUAUUGCAAGAGCUUUAACCAGGAAACCAUCUGGCAUAACAAUGCUUCAGAGAAUUGGAACUGGGGGCUUUUUAUAUGCCAUUUCCAUGGUUAUUGCAGCAAUAGUCGAGAUCAAACGGCUCAAGACCGCUCAAGAACAUGGCCUGCUUGAUAUGCCAAAUGUGGCGGUUCCAAUGAAGGUGUGGUGGUUGGUUCCACAAUACGCCAUGUUUGGAGUUGCUGAUGUGUUCGCCGUCGGUGGCCUUCAAGAGUUCUUCUAUGAUCAGGUCCCUAGUGAAUUGAGGAGUGUUGGUCUCUCCCUCUACCUCAGUCUCUUUGGUGUAGGGAGCUUCCUGAGCGGUUUUCUUAUCUCUGCAAUUGAGAAAGCAACUGGUGGAGAUGGCCGUAGUAGCUGGUUCAAUAGCAACCUCAAUCGGGCACAUCUUGAUUACUUCUACUGGCUCCUUGCUGGGCUUACUGCAGUAGGAUUGGCUGCCUUUUCGCAUUUUGCAAAAUCUUACAUUUAUAAUAGGAGAGUUAUAUUUUGAAUGCAGUUGGUCUUUUUAUUAUUGAACCGAGUGUAAUAUCUAUCGUGAUCUUAAAAAUAUCUAUCCAUUGUGGUUCAAUAAUUAUAUUUUAUGGCAAAAA